UCAAUGUUAUGAAUGGUGUGCAUUACUAAGAGUUACCUAACAAACUUGUCUGGCAGUGUUUUAUCAGCUCUAGCUGCUAUAUAUAGGUGUUCUUAUUUAAGGCAGAGGAUUGAGUUUCGAGUGUGUGUAGGAUAUGGCUCACUAUCUGGAGUUAAGCCAGAUGCCCAUCGCAUUCGAUCCAAUCGAGUAUGUGGAAAGUGCUUUCUUUGACCAGUCCAACUUUCAGAUGUUCUGUGUUCAGCACGGCUACACUGACGUUAAAGUGAAGGGAAUUACUGAAGAGGACAACUUCAAGAUUACUAUUCCCGCUCGAGGGCCCGUAUCAACCAUCAAGUUUUCCGGUGGUACUCCGAGAGUUCUGUCAGUUCAACGUCGGAAAGUUAGCGUCGAGUUUAUCAACAUUUUCGCUGAGAAUAGCGUGGAGAAAUCUCUUCCAUUGAAAGCAGGCAAUGCAGACAUUAUUGGCUUCUACUGGAUCUUCAAGAACGAGUAUGUACUGCUGAUUACCACUUCUGGUGUUGAGCUGUAUUCUUGCAAUCCGUAUCGAAUGUCCUUCAAAGCGAGUAAGAGCUAUGCUCUCUCUGUCUCCUGGGCCAUCUUCUCACCUGAUGAGCUCAUUCUCCUAGUGUGUGUGAAGGGCACCAAUUCCAUACACCCGUUCGUGUUCAAGCAAGGUACACAAAAUGCGAUUCUCCGGCUACCCAAGUUCGAUGUCGAUAUGCCUGUUGCAGCCUCCUCCACUUUGAGUAUUAGAGAGUCAAAAGCCAUCACACUAAUGGAAAGAGAUGUGGUCAUCAUGAGCCUGUACAACCAACACUAUGUGGGUGUGAUAAGGAACAGUGUCACACCAGGGGCAGAGGUGCUUCUUUAUCAGCUCUCAACAGAAGCACCAGCAAAACUGGCUCACAUUCUCUCGGUGGACGUUGGGGGGAGGUUUACUCUGAGCAUUGUAGACGACCUGGUGAUUGUCCAUCAUCAAGCUAUGAAGACCUCCAUGCAGUUUGACAUCCUCUCCAAUUCGGAAUCGACCACAACGGCUGGUACUCCGAAACACCAGCCAAUGCUUGCUCCACUAGCUGUGGCCCCCACAAAGCUGCAAGUUAAACAGAAGGGAACUAGAGUAUCUGCACUGUCACCGUCUGGCUCUGACUCUCCCGGUUCUGUAGGCUCCUCUCCAGGAACUUCCCCCUUGUUCUAUUCCAAGACAACCAUCUCCCCCGAGCUCUACUCGCCCAAGUGGGUAUUUUUUCAACCCAAUGUAAUCAUCGAUGCACAGUAUGGAGUCAUUUGGAAGCUGGAGGUGAAGCUGGAAGCUAUUAGCAACAUGAUGCCAGACAAGUGUCUGCUUAUUGAGUUUCUGCUCAAACGGAAAAUGGGAAAGACAGUGAUUCUCACUGUUUGCAAAGAGUGCCUAGAGCCUGGUAGACAAGUUAGUCUCAGUGUGUUGGGGCAUGUGUUUGAUCGAAUUAAUCACGCGUACAUGGUACUGCAAGGUGGAGAUAAUUCGGAAACUCAGUACAAAAUCUCAAUCUCACAGCGAGACCUCUACAAGCAAGUGUUUGUUCAUUUCACCGAUCGAAAAGACAUGUCGUACAAGUUUCUCGUGGCAGUUUUGGUCGAGUAUGUUCGUUCCUUGCACAAGGUGUUGAUACCUGUUGAGCACUUUCUGUAUGAGAUGAUUAUGAAUGUGCUGAUUGAAAACAAGUGCUUCUAUCAGCUGCACCAGUUUCUGCAGUACCAUGUGAUAUCUGAUUCGAAACCUCUUGCCUGUCUUCUUCUCUCUCGUGAGUUGGUCUACCCCCCUGCCACUCAGCUAGCCAUGGACAUGUUCAAACGGCUAUCCACAGCUGACAGUGAGAUUAUAGACAUUCUUCUCUCUCGUGGCCAGCUCCUCACAGCUCUGAGGUAUGUCAAGGCCACCAGCAAAGUGGACAGCGUGUCUGCAAGACAGUUUUUGGAGGCUGCUGCAAAUGAGGAUGAUAAAAUGCUCUUCUACACAGUGUACAAGUUCUUUGAAGAUCGGAACAUUAGACUAAGACAUACAAAGAGGUUUCCUCCGGAUGAACAGUGUCAGCCUUUUGAAGCUCUAUACGAGAAAUGGUUUCUGACGAAAAUGAAAAACUAGGUUUUUUAUGCAUCACUUUUUUGUGUAUUGUGAUUUUUGUGUUAGUUGUGUUUAUAUAUUUUCAAUUGUAUAAUUACUAGUCAACUCUAUAUAUACCUGCAGUCAUUAUAAUUUAUAAUUAAUGUUAAUAAAUAAUUAUUACUAAUUAG